UUUUAUUAAUUUUUUUCAUUAAAGCAUGUCUCAAUUAUCAGAUUAUUUAUAGUACCAAAUCUAACUUUAAAAUGCUAAUGAUACUAAGAUGCCUCUGUGUAAUUAAUAAUAAUAGAAAAAAAAAGAAAAAAAGCCAAGCAAGGCUUGUCAUAAUUGGAAAACUCCAAAAUAACAUAAAGAUGAUCGAUAUAAAUUUUUUACGAUGCCAUCUGUAAAAUAAUUAUAAUAAUUAGGAAUUUCCUACAGGGAGAGAAAGGGAUUAAUGGAAGUUAAUAAAAUUUAAAGCCUUUUUUUAGAAUUCAAAUUAAAAAUAUAGUUUUCUAUGAAAUUAUAUUAAUAAGAAAUUGUCAAAUAUUAAAUAAGCAAC